AUGGACAGGCCGGCGGCGGCGGCGGCGGCAGCGGGCAGCGAGGGCGGCGGGGGCCCGGGCCCGGUGCCGGCGGGCGGCAGGAGGCCUCCUCGGGGCGCGGGGGCCCCUGCCGCCGGCUCCCGGCAGCCCAGCGUGGAGACCCUGGACAGUCCUACAGGAUCACAUGUUGAAUGGUGUAAACAGCUUAUAGCUGCUACAAUUUCUAGUCAGAUUUCAGGUUCAGUGACAUCAGAAAAUGUAUCCAGAGACUACAAGGAGAUUCAGGAAGAACACAAUGGCUACCCUUCUGAAGCUGAAGCUGAUCAGGCUCUAAGAGAUGGAAAUAAACUGACACAGAUGGAAGAAGCGCCACUUUUUCCAGGAGAAUCAAUCAAGGCCACUGUGAAAGACGUCAUGUACAUUUGUCCAUUUGUGGGAGCAGUGACUGGAACCCUAACAGUGACGGACUUUAAGAUGUACUUCAAAAGUGUCGAGAGGGACCCGAAUUUUGUUCUUGAUGUUCCCCUUGGUGUGAUCAGCAGAGUUGAGAAGAUCGGAGCACAGAGCCACGGGGACAAUUCCUGUGGUAUAGAGAUCGUGUGCAAGGAUAUGAGGAACUUGCGACUUGCUUAUAAACAGGAAGAACAGAGUAAACUUGGGAUAUAUGAGAACCUCAACAAACACGCAUUUCCUCUUUCCAAUGGGCAGACUCUCUUUGCAUUCAACUACAAAGAAAAAUUUCCGAUAAACGGAUGGAAAGUUUAUGAUCCUGUAUCUGAAUAUAAGAGACAGGGCUUGCCAAAUGAGAGCUGGAAAAUAUCCAAAGUGAACAGUAGCUAUGAGCUCUGCGACACCUAUCCUGCUGUCAUUGUGGUGCCAACUAGUGUAAAAGAUGAUGACCUUUCAAAAGUGGCGGCCUUUCGAGCAAAAGGCAGAGUCCCCGUGUUAUCAUGGAUUCAUCCAGAAAGUCAGGCAACGAUUACCCGUUGCAGCCAGCCACUUGUGGGUCCCAAUGAUAAACGCUGCAAAGAAGAUGAAAAAUACUUGCAAACAAUAAUGGAUGCUAAUGCACAGUCUCACAAACUUAUCAUCUUUGAUGCCCGACAAAACAGCGUCGCUGAUACCAACAAGGCCAAGGGUGGAGGAUACGAAAGUGAAAGUGCUUACCCCAAUGCGGAGCUCGUGUUCUUGGAGAUCCACAACAUUCACGUGAUGAGAGAGUCCCUGCGUAAACUGAAAGAGAUCGUGUACCCCUCGAUCGAUGAGGCACGGUGGCUCUCCAACGUGGAUGGGACGCACUGGCUGGAGUAUAUAAGGAUGCUUCUUGCUGGGGCAGUAAGAAUUGCUGAUAAGAUAGAAUCUGGGAAAACUUCGGUGGUGGUGCAUUGCAGCGAUGGUUGGGACCGAACAGCCCAGCUGACCUCUCUGGCUAUGCUGAUGUUGGACAGUUAUUACCGCACCAUUAAAGGCUUCGAGGCUCUCAUAGAAAAGGAGUGGAUAAGCUUCGGACAUAGGUUUGCCCUGAGAGUGGGCCAUGGCAAUGACAACCACGCAGAUGCUGACCGGUCCCCUAUUUUUCUUCAGUUUAUUGAUUGUGUUUGGCAAAUGACAAGACAGUUUCCUUCAGCAUUCGAGUUCAAUGAACUGUUCUUGAUCACGAUUUUGGAUCACCUCUACAGCUGUCUCUUUGGGACCUUUUUGUGCAACUGUGAACAGCAGCGACUCAAAGAGGAUGUAUAUACGAAGACUAUAUCUUUAUGGUCGUAUGUCAAUAGCCAGCUCGAAGAAUUUUCGAAUCCUUUCUUUGUGAAUUAUGAAAACCAUGUCUUAUAUCCCGUUGCUAGUCUGAGUCAUCUGGAACUAUGGGUAAACUAUUAUGUGCGAUGGAACCCACGAAUGAGACCUCAGAUGCCCAUUCACCAGAAUCUCAAGGAGCUGCUGGCCGUCAAGGCAGAGCUGCAGAAGCGGGUGGAGGACCUGCAGCGGGAGGUGGCCAUGCGCGCCUCGUCCUCGUCCGAGCGGGGCUCGUCACCGUCGCACUCGGUCACCCCCGUCCACACCUCCGUCUGA